AUGACAUUGCUAGAAGCCAUGAAUUCGAACCUCUCAAUUGAAGAGGCUGUGGAGAUGCAUAAUAGAGAGAAGUCAGUCCCCUUAAAUUUCACGGUGAUGAUCCUUUGUUACACACAGAUCAUCUUGGCUACGAUUUCGAACAUAAUCGCUCUUUACGCCCUGCGAUGCGAGGACACCAGCCUCGACGAGAUAACCCGCUUAUUCUUCAAAGCCCUCACCAUCGUCAACCUUGUCGUUGGAGUCGUCUACCCAUUCACCUACUCUUUCAUCUCUCUCGACAGGGCAACCGAUUUUACGCGCCCUGCGCAGCUUUAUAACAUCAUCUGCAGAUGGUUUCAGUCUUUCUUCACCGCCCCGCUGGUCCUGGCCCUGCUCAUUGUAGUCUGUGUCAAUCUUAACAAGUACUUGAUGAUAUCAAGACCUCUGCGAUAUCACCAACUCGUCACACCUUCAAGGGCUAAGAUUGCCAUUGUAUGUGCGGUGGCUACCGCCAUUGGCUACUCGAUGCUCUUCGCGUCGUUUCCUUCGUCACCGUAUGCGCGAUACAGGACAGCCAUUUGUAAUAAAGAAGAUAGAAGUCUUUAUCAAAUCGGUAAGAGGUGGCUUCUCGUGGAAAUAGCCAUCCUCACACCUCUACUCAUCUUGACCACUGCUCUCAAUGUACGAAUCUUGAGGAUAUCGCUCAAACUCACCAAACGACAGGUUGUCCCACGCCCUCUACGUUCGUCACCACUUAUGAGGUCCGACACUCGGUCAUCUUCAACUGCUACAGAUUCUACUUUAGUAACAUCUUCCUUAUCCUCCUCGUCCAUGACUUCAUCCUACAACCGUUCUUAUUCUCCUUCGUCUCCUUUCACGCCCUCUCCUCCCGACGCUUUUUCUUCUUCUCCUCCUCCUAAUUCUAACACUUAUUCAUUUUCUCAACACUCCCCUUCACCUUUUGAUUGCCCUUCUUCCUCGCCGCUAAUCAAGCCGGGCAUUCCUGACGGAGAUCAAAAUCCGCUAACUUUCCAGUCUCACCCCACCCCUUGCCCACUUCAACCUCAACAUUCCUCAUCUCUUAAACACCCCUCAGAUCCCAGAUUUGGUCAGCAUAAUCUGACCAGAGUUCUUGGACCCCUUCUCCCGCGCAUCCCUCCAAAGGCUACCCCCGAUCCUUGCACCUCUCUCCCAGCUCCCGACAUCAUACUGAUUGCCCCUCCGGGAGUCCCCUGCAAAUCUCACUCUACAUUGUCCGGUCGCCAAAGAAAAACCGACCACCAUUCGAACCAUGGAUCAUCUCGUUAUCACAUUAGGCGGAGCGAUCGCAAAGCCAUCAAGACCAUCGCGAUCAUCACAGCUACAUUCUAUAUCAUUUGGGUGCCACUCAUUGUCUACGACAUCCUUAACUACUUACAGAUCCGGAUGAAAUGCUUUGUGAGUGCAGUAAAGUUAAUCUUAAUGGCUAGUACGUGGUGGAAUACUUUCCUUUACAUUGGCACUGACAAGAACGUCAGAAACCAUGUCCUUCGUUGUCUUAUGAAGUUAUUUAGAUGCAAGAAGAACAAAUAACUGCUCAAAAGUAAUUCAACGUAGCUGACGAGAUCGUUAAAAUAAUUUCACUGUAUUUUUUUAAAAUGUUAAAAAUUUUCACUGUAUUUUAACGAGAACGUUAACAAUUUUCACUGUAUUUUUUUUGUCAGUGAGUGACGGAAGUUGUUUUAACGACCUGAUUAGUCAGCAUUACCAAUUCAAAUUUAUGAAAAGGACAAAUCAAAUAUAUAGAUUUUGGCAUGAUUGGGGAAAAAAAAUAAUGUUUCGGGCUUUGCUAAGUUGCGUAUUUUGGGUAGAAUAUAUACCAUACUAGUAAUUGUUGUGGACUUGCUCCACUCUUUACACGUAUUUUCAGAACAAGAAUAUCCUACUUCGUCAUGUUCGUAGCGGAAUCAUGAAUUCAAAGUCUUCAUCCGUUCGUGAAAUCUCCUUUACAAUAGUCAAACUCAAGUGACGUGUUGCUUAGACGGCAAAAAGUUAUGAAUCAUUAAAAUGUUGCCAAAGAGUUGUAUAUAUUAGGUAGAUGUGAAAUGUUGGCUUCGCACAUGGUUUCAUCGUGAUGGAAGAAAUGAUUUUUUAAUGUUUCCAGGGCUCCGUAACACAAAUGUUUGCGAUGGAUUGCAAAUAUGAAAGAACCGCACUGAUUGGUUUCUUCAACCAUAUGCGCGGGAAACAUUAAUAUUGAUUGGUCAGUUCAUUUAGCGAUUGAUCGCAAAUCUUUGUGUUACGGGGCCCAGAAGACCUACAAGAGUCCUAUUUUUCAAACAUGUCAAAAGCUCUUAAUGAUUUCCCUUUUCAUGAAGAGAGAUAUAAAUAUGCUAUAUGUUGAUUGCCACCCCAAAUCCUUUUUAUAAUGAGAUUGUUUUCAUUAAAACAUGUUGCAAUCUUCACAUUAAGUUGCCAAUUUGAGAUCACCUUAGGGAUCUCAUUUGGAAACAUCCAUACAUUUUAAACAAAUUCUUCCUGGUUCGAUUCUCCCUAAAACUUUCAGUAAUCUGCUUUCCUGAUUGUGAUUGUUUGUCUUUCUAAAUAAUUAUUUUCUAAAUCUAAAAUUUAAUCUUAUUUCCCCCUUUUUCCAUUGUACUUCUUCACAGUGAUUUCAUGAGGCAAAUUUAAAAAAAAGUUUGGAGUCGGUUAUAUAGGUGUGACUCUAAGAUAAAUGGUUUUGAUUCACUCUACCAAGUAAAAAAUAAAAUCAUGAAGAAUAUUUCAUUGGAUAUACAAACAUGAUGUGUCACCGUUUGACUGUGAUUGAAAGUAUAUUGACUAAUACCACAGGCAUACCGAGUGACAAAUUAAUUUAUUUUAAUCUAAAAAGUGAAGAAAAAAAAAUCAUAUACAGUGCACUACCUGCGACUUUAUAAUGCUCGGCUCGAUCGCACAUAUCUGGCAAUCAAUGUUGUAAUCUUUCAGGAACGUUCUUCGGUGAAUAUGAUCACGUAAAUAAAACUAAUCUUUACG